GAUGCGAAUGAAAGUAAGCGUCCUGCAAAAGCGGUUGAAACUAAAAGAAGUGCUCCUCGAAAAAGUGCCGUUUUGAAAACGAAAUUCAGAAGUGAAGAAAAGGAUGAAGAGUCAAUAGAACAACGGCGGAAAAGACAUCAAGAAGAGUUGGCCGCUCAGAAACAAGCCGAAGGUCUAGCAAGGUUCGGUGAUGGUGUAGAUCAUCAGACUAACCAACGGGAAGAAGUAUUCCGAAAAUUUGAAAGUUACAAAAGAGAUACUGCACUGCCAAAGGAAGUCAAAGAUUUGAAGAUUAUUGUGGAUCAAAAGAAUGAGUCCAUUAUAUUACCGGUGUUUGGCUUUGCAGUACCUUUCCACAUUUCAGCUUUAAAGAAUGCAAACAAAUCAGAAGAAGGGGAUUAUAUAUAUUUGCGCCUAAACUUCUUGACGCCUGGUCAAGCUACUGGAAAAAAAGAGGAUAUGCCUUUUGACGAUCCGAAUGCAAAUUUCAUCAGGGCAUUCACAUACCGCAGCACUGAUCCAUUGUUAGCUGAGAUAUAUAGAAAGAUUUUAGAUCUUAAGAAGAGUGCUGCCAAAAAGGAAGCAGAGAGGAAAGAAAUGGCUGACUUGAUUGAGCAAGAUAAAUUAAUUGAAUUAAAAGGGCGUAGACCUACUCAUCGCUUACCAGAUGUAUUCGUGAGGCCUGGUCUGGAAGGAAAACGAAUACCUGGCGAAUUGGAAAUACAUGAAAAUGGAUUGCGUUAUCAUUCGCAUCGUUCAAGUCAAAAAUUAGACAUUUUGUUCAGUAAUAUUCGGCACUUAUUCUUUCAACCUUGUGAUAACGAAUUGGUUGUAUUGUUACACAUGCAUCUUAAGAACCCAGUUAUUCAUGGAAAGAAAAAAACAAAGGAUAUACAAUUCUAUCGCGAGGCUUCUGAUGUUCAAUUCGAUGAAACUGGUAAUCGAAAGAGAAAGUUUCGUUAUGGUGACGAGGAUGAACUUGGUGCAGAACAGGAAGAGC